AUUCAAAAUAGUAUUUGCAGUACUAAUAUAUUCAGAGUCGGAAACCGAUCCAAAAUUCUUCACUUCUCAUUUCGCCAUGUUCGCGAAGAAGCUUUUCCAGAAAGCCACACAAUAUCAUCAUCAUCAUCAGACAAAUGGCAGUGGUUUGACAGCAAGUGACUUGAAUGUUCGUGCUACUGUACAUUAUGGUAUCCCUUCAACAUCAUCAAUUCUUGCAGUAGACUCCGUCCAGCGCCUAUUGGCCAUUGGAACAUUGGAUGGUAGGAUAAAAGUGAUUGGUGGGGACAAUAUUGAAGGUCUCUUGAUUUCUCCAAAGCAGUUGCCAUACAAAUAUUUAGAGUUCCUUCAAAACCAGGGUUUUCUUGUCAGCAUCACAAAUGAAAAUGAUAUCCAGGUUUGGAAUCUCAAAAGCAGAUCUGUAGCUUGCGAUUUGCAAUGGGAAUCAAAUAUAACUGCCUUUUCAGUUAUCAAUGGCUCUUCCUUCAUGUAUGUUGGAGAUGAAUAUGGAACAAUUUCAGUUUUGAAGUUCUGUGUUGAGAGCAGAGAGCUACUGCAAUUGCCAUAUCAGAUCUUAUGGAGUUCUCUUUCUGAAGCAGCUGGUUUUCCAUAUUCAGAUCAUCAACCAGUUGUUGGAAUUCUCCCGCAACCUUUUACUUCGGGAAAUAGAUUAUUGAUUGCAUAUGAGUGUGGUUUAAUUAUACUUUGGGAUGUCAUCGAAGCCCAUGUUAUCAUUGUCAAAGGUGAUAAAGAUCUACAUUUGAAGGAUGGUGCUUUAAACUUUAAACAGAAUGCAGAUUCCAGCUCUCCUGAUGAUCUAUUGCAGCACCAAUUUGAGGAGAAAGAGAUAACCACACUUUGCUGGGCAUCUACUGAUGGAUCCAUUCUUGCUGCUGGGUACAUAGAUGGAGAUAUUCUCCUUUGGAAAACAUCAAAAUCGACCGCAAGCAAAGGUCAGGAAGCUGGACCAUUUGAUAAUGUUGUUAAGCUACAGCUGUCUUCUGUUGAAAAGAGGCUUCCAAUUAUUGUCUUACACUGGUGGGCAAACAGUAAAUCCCGGAAUAAUAGCGAUGGCCAUCUCCUCAUUUAUGGUGGUGAUGAAAUAGGAUCCGAUGAAGUCAUUACUAUCCUUACUCUUGAGUGGUCAUCUGGAAUGGAGACUUUGAAAUGUGUUGGUCGUGUUGACCUCACUCUUAGUGGCUCAUUUGCAGAUACAAUCUUAUUACCAACUACUGGGACAACAGCAACUGAUGAGAAAGCUGCUUUAUUUGUGUUGAUGAGCCCUGGACAACUAAACCUGUUUGAUUGCUCGACCUUGUCUGACUUGGUAUCCAAAGAAGAGAAAAAAAUAUCUCUAUCAGCUAAGGAUUUUCCUCUAGAAUUGCCAACUGUUGAUCCUUCCAUGACAGUGACAAAGCUUACCCAGUUGCAUUCAGAUGGAAACUUAACAGAGACACCUUUCUUCAAGAAGUUCUCCGCAGCAACAUCAUCUGGGGCUAGCAGAUGGCCCUUGACUGGAGGGGUAUAUAAUCAUACUUCUCAAGCUGAGACUAACAGGAUCCAGAGAGUUUUUAUAGCAGGUUAUCAGGAUGGAUCUGUAAGGAUGUGGGAUGCCACUCAUCCGGUCUUCCUUCUCCUUUGUCUCUUGGAUAGAGAGGUUAAAUGUGUAAAUACAGUUAUAUCAAGUGCUUCAGUUUCAAAAAUAGAUUUCUGCUUCCAGACAUUAAGAUUGGCAGUUGGGGAUGCAAGUGGUCUGGUGCGUCUUUAUGAUUUCAAACAUAGUGAUAUGGGAAACCUCCACGUUGUUACUGAUACUAAAAGUGAAGUUCAUGAGUUGGCACAAGGUCAAGGACCUACUUGCAGAGCUGUUCUAAAGCUGCUCGAUGUUCGAGUCCGAGCAAUUGAAUUUGUAAAUCAUGGAGCCAAACUUGCAGUUGGAUACGAAAAUGCUAAGGUUGCAGUGCUUGAUGUGACUUCAUUAUCAGUAUUGUUCUUAUCAGACUCUGCAUCUGUUGGUAUCUCUCCACUGGUGACUCUGAUUGCCAAAAGUUUUGUGCAUAGUGACCGUACUAGCAAAAGCCCAAAACAAUCAGAGCUUCCAGAAAACCGUAUGGAGGAACUCAUGUUCAUUUUAACUGAGGAUGCGAAGAUCUAUGUAAUUGAUGGUGGUAAUGGUAAAAUCUAUGGUUCAGGGCCCUUGCAUUUAAAGAAAGUGUCGACAGCAAUUUCUAUGUAUGUCAUAGAAAACAACACUCCAGUUUCUGAUAUAAUAAGCAAGCAGCCAGAGUCCAGCAAGGAUGAUGCAGCUAGUAAUGAGCCUUCACAGGAAAUGACCUCUCGUGAUCUAAGUGAUACGGUUCCCUUUCUAGAAAAUGACCCCUCCAGGAAACACUUUGAGGAGUCUUUUAUCCUACUUUGCUGUAAAGAUUCAAUACGCACUUAUGCUACAAAAUCUGUAGUUCAUGGGGAUAAUAAAUCUGUUUGCAAAGUGAAGCUUGACGAGCCUUGUUGUUGGACUACUACUUUUAUGAAAGAUGGGAAAGCAUGUGCGCUACUACUACUCUUUCAGACUGGAGAUAUCGAGAUUAGAUCUCUGCCUGAUCUAGAGUUGGUGGAGCGGACCUCUUUAAUGUCAGUUUUAAGGUGGAAUUUCAAGCCAAAUAUGGACAGGGCAAUAAGUUCCAUGGAGAAUGGCCAUAUUACUCUGGCAAAUGGUUCUGAACUAGCUUUCAUGUCCCUAUUAGCUAGUGAAAAUGAUUUCAGAAUUCCAGAAUCUUUGCCGUCUCUUCAUGAUGAAGUUCUCGCAGCUGCAGCAGAUGCUGCCAUGAAAUUCUCCACUCAGAAGAAGAAACAGACGUCGUUGCAGGGUGGGGGCCCAAAUAUUUUAGGUACUCUAGUUAAAGGAUUUAAAGCGGGAAAAACGAAUCAUAAUAUGGAUCUCAGUCAGAUGUCGAAGUCAAACUUUAGUCAUCUGGAAGGUGUUUUUAUGAAGAAUGCACUCCACCCAGAACCGUCCCCAACUAAGGAAGGUCUAGAAGAAGUGGAGCUCGAUAUAGAUGAUAUUGAAAUUGAUGAACCAGUUCCUGUGGUUUCUACUUCAUCUCAUAGCACACAAAAUAGUAAAAGAGGAACUGAAAGAGAAAAGUUGCUUGAUUCCGAGGGUGAUGAUGCCAAACCCAGACUUAGGACACGUGAAGAAAUCAUAGCAAAAUAUAGAAAAACUGGGGCCCAGGAUGCAUCAUCAGCGGCUGGACAAGCAAGAGACAAGCUUCUAGAACGCCAAGAAAAACUUGAGAGAAUUAGCCAAAGAACUGAAGAACUACGCAAUGGGGCUGAAGACUUUGCAUCAUUGGCAAAUGAGCUUGUCAAGGUAAUGGAAAAUCGCAAUCGAAAAUGGUGGCAGAUAUGAAGAAAAGCCUUGGGUUCAUCAUCAUCCUUCACUGGGAAACAGAAGAAUCAUCAUUUUUUUACACCAAAGAAAGUAUCCGUGUUUGACAUAUAUACUGUACAGAUUGGAAUGGCUAAACCGACAAGAGUGUAGCUUAGGUUAUUUGUGAAAGCUUCGGCGGUUUAUUGUUCGUGACGGAAUAAUCUAUCAUUUUUUUGUUCUUCAUUUCCAGUCUCUUUUGUUUGUCUGCAAUGGAAAAUUAUGUAACAGAUGGUAUAUUUAUUGUUUGUGAAGUGAGUAAAGCCGUUCAAAACAGAUAUAAGAAAAAUACAA